UCACCCGCUUUGAAUUAUGCGCAUGUACCCUUAGUACUUGUAUAUAUUUAUGUUCGAAACAUUUUUCGAACUUGGCUGUCAGAAAAACAUAACCUCUCGGCGGCACGGCUUCUGGAUUAAAUUAGUAAACGUUUUGCGUGAUUAUUUUCAAAAUCAUUUUAAUUUAUUUCUAAUUUGAUUCUUCAGUGUAUGUUUAAAAAGAAAAAAUAUGCGUAAAAAAUGGAGACUUAUAUAAUAUUCUAAAUUCGAUUCCUUAAUAAAAAGUUCAUGUAUCAAAAAAAUUUCGCGCAAAAUUGUCAACAAAAACGAGCAUGGAGGACAACGUAGAGCCAUAUUCUUUCGACUUGAAUUUAGAUUUCUUGGAUUCAACAGCAACGAACAUCAAAAAUGCCACAAUCACUCCACAAUACCAAGACCACUCUCAAACACUACCGACAUACGAUAUAGAAUCACUUGCUAGCAGAAUUGCCUCAGUCAACGAUAUGGCCAUUCAAAUUAAGGCCACAAAAGAUGACAACUUAAGGCUUCAGAAACAAAUGCAAGAUUUAAGCGAAUCCGCUAUGUCUAUACGAGCUAUGUAUGACCAGGAAAAGACUGACAGGUUGAAGUUUGAGCAUUUGUAUUGUGAACUGAAAGAAAAAUACGAACAUAUUGAAUCCCAAUUGGCUAAUAAAAGCCUCCACUUUGAACAAAUACAGUCGAAAAUGGAACUCGAAGCAGAAGACAAGAAACCCAUAACAUAUUGUGAACUUGCUCUUAAGUACCAGAGACUGGCUCUACAUCACGAAGAGGAAAAACAAUUGCCUUCGAAGGAGAAAGUUGUCGUUCAACUGGUCAAAGAAUAUCUGGAAUCGAAAAAACUCUCCCCCCUUCCAGCUUUGAAAAAGAAAUCUCAAUCCCGUGUAAAGUCCGAUAUGCGUGAUUUUUCCAUGCAAUAUAAUUAUAAAGUGGAGUCGAAGCAACAGGAAAGUCAAUGUUCCAUUGGAUGUGCAGAAGAUGAACCAAAAGAUACAUGUACUCAAGGAACACAGUACACUUGGUACACCACCACCCGGGGAACCAACACACCAGCCUUCAUUAGUCCAAAAGCCGAGGUGAAAACCCAAGGAACACAGUAUAUAUCCUCGACUACGACCCGGGGCACUAGUACGUCCACUUUUAUUAAAACACAAAGCGUUGGCACAAAUUUCCCAGAACCAGUUCCCCCAGUAUCGAUAGAGGAUAUUUUCAAAGAGAUGAUCUAUAAUGUAGCUCCGCUGAGCCCAAUGAGUGCGAAUUCUCAAGCUGAAUUAAAAGAGGAAAAGGUUGAAAUGAAGUCGAUCGGGACAUGUACCGAUUUGAAAAAUGUCCGCAAGUUGAUUGACUACGCGGCUGUAAACAUUAAACAUUCAGAUUCAAGGCCGCCGUCAAGAAACAGUAAUAUGUACGAUCAUCGAAUCAAAAAUGAGAUACCUUUGAUGGGAAUGCCAACUUUGAAUCCAUUUGCCGGCCUUGGAAUCCCUGUUACACCUAUGCAUAAUACUGUGACUGAACUCUGGAAUAUGCUAGGCCAUACGAUCUUCGCGUUGUUGCAACAAAAUAAUGGAACUAGUGCCGCUCAGCUCAAUCCAAUACAUAUGAAUGUCUUGAACGAUAGGAUGAGAAAUCUAACUGGAAGAAGUAGGCCGCCAAGUGAACAACAAAGAAAUUGUGAGCCACAAACAAGAGAUGACUAUUUCGAGCAGGAUUAUUCUGGAGAAUACCCGCCGGCUACAAGAAGUGCAGCAACAAGCCCGAUACUACCCUCAGAAUUAGAAAAUAACCAAACACAAUCAAGGCCUUUAUUCGACUCUGCUAUGAGAACUUUAAAUCAAACCGUGGAUAUACAAAAAAUUGUGCUUAACAAGAAUUUUUCCGAUUCGGUAGUUUCAAGCUCAAGAAAAUCCUCGCAAGUUGAUGAAAUCCUUCAACUAUUCCCGGAAUACUCGGAUUCGUUUAAAAAAAGAAAGGCCAUCAAAAGGUUGCUUAAAGAAGCCAACAAAAACACGAAGCCGAAGAAAAAAAGAAAUUCAAAUUCAUGUUCAAGUUCAAUAUCGGCAUCUACUCAAUUUAGUCCAGAUCCAGAAGUACAACAAAGGCCAGUGAGUUCAUCUCCAGUUUCAGCAUCACCCCAACCUUCGAUGGAAAUGCCAGAGACAAAACCUCAUCUUCAAGCCAAUUGGAAAACUGAAAUAUUCGGUGAUUGUGAUAGUGACUCAAGUCUUGAUAAUUCUGUUAUGGAGUACAUAAAAGCUCAUACUCCUCAACCAGAUCCAGAAGAUAAAUGGACACCAAUUGAUUACGAACCACCACCACCACCCAAUCAUCUCGAUAGGCCAAUAAAUAGUUCCAGUUUUGAAGCAGAACAAAAUAUGGAAAAAGAUUUUUUAGGAUUCGUACAAGAAAUAAACCUACCAAAAACUGCUGAUGAAUUGUUUUGCAAACCAUUUUCGCCACCAAAAGGACAAAAGUCAGUAUUUAUCUCCGGUUCGUCUAUUCAGAAAAUUCAGCAGAGGAUAGAAGUUAAUGCAAACAAUUUGGGGGGUUUAUUGAAUACAGAAAUUGAAUCAAAUGAGCUGGCAAAACCACCAAACUCCAAAAGAAAGCGCAAGCCUAAAAAACCAGACUCCAACCAACCAAAUACAAUUUAUAAACUUGAUGAAACUCCAAUUUUUCCAAACCCAAAAACACCGCCAGAACCUAAGAAAAUUAAAAGGUCAUUAAGUUUGAAUAAAAAUAAAGUUAACGUAGAGAGUAUUCUGCCGAUUCAACCUUCAACAAGCUCUACUUAUAAGCCUUUGCAGCUUUUAAAUUUGAAUAAAAUAAAAAAACUCAAACAAGACCCAAAACAACAUAUGUGUGGUUCUCAAAAUCAAACCAUUGAAGCUCCGAAAAAAACACCUACACUUGACAAGCCAGACUGGAUGAACAGAAUUAAAGAUCAAGAAAAGGAAGAUAUUCCAUCAAUUCAUGUGACACGGAAUAAUCAUGGUCCAAUGGUUAUGAAAGUCGAAAAACCACCCGAUUCAGUGUUUCAGGACAUCAAAAAUUGUUUUAUUACACCCAAGCAAGAAGGUGAUACAUUUAUUGGUCCGAUAAUGCCGAUUCCAGCCGCUCCAAAAGAAAAUUCUUUGCUUCCAGAACAAACGGCUCCUUUGAUUUCUCCAACAGAAGAUGGAACUUUUAGAUUUGUUAUUCAAAAUAAUGCAAAUACAAUUCAUUCGAACGUGAAUUCUUCAAAUAAUCCUAUUGAGGGCCCUGAGAAGUGUCUUAAAAUCUUAAAUUGUUACUCAAGUGAAUCAGCGGAAAAGAAAUCCGUUGCCUUUCUAAAUGAACAGUUCAAAGAAACUAAGAAGGAAGUGCAAUUAACCACAGGAGUCAGUCUUGCCUCGGAUAACAAAGCAUUAGACCUAGAAAAUAUGCCCAUUUACUUUUUAGAUGAUCAGAACAUGUUGCAACAUGGUGAUGAACCCGAAAAAGAUAAUUUGAAUUUGAAAACACCUCAUGAAACAAUGCUGCCAGGAUUUGAAGAAAUUCAACGGGGACUCAAAAAUGUAUCGGCACAAUUAGUAGAAAAGCUUCAAAAACCAGGCGAGUCUCAAACAAACAAUAGUCCUGUUAUUGUGCAAGGCUAUCCUUUUAAAGACAAUUGCAAGACAACUAAUGCUAUCGAGUCUACGCUCCCAGGCCUAGAAGUUAGACCAAAGGCUUCAAAAUUUCUGGGUAAAAUGUCGUAUCUUGCUCAAAAACACCAGAAGCAAUUUGAUGAGCAAGUAAUUUGCAAGGAUUUGAAUUUGAACCGCAUAGAUGAGGAGCUUGGAGACACAAACAAUUUUAAAAAUGAAACAGUUGAUCGGGUGGUCUUAAGUUCCCUACACGGUAAUUUGAAAGAUCCAUGUAGGCCAACGAACCACAAACCUGAAAAGUCUCAAGAUAUAGAGAUAAGUUCGUCCAAUUUACUCCUUCAGAAUCUAAGCUCAUUUGGUUCGAAUUUACUUCUUCCACCAACAUAUAGAGAAAGUCUCUCGAGAAAAUCCAGCCAUAAAACACCACGUUUUGUAGAAAUGCAGGCAACUGCAGUUAGCGACGAUGAAGCAUCCAAUAUACCAAAUUCUGCAUUGAUGUCAAAUGAAAGCAAAGACCCAUCUACGCAAAACAAAAUAGAUUGCGAGCCACCUGUCUUAAACAAAGAUGAUAUAAGUUCUUUGAGUAGUUCUUCGGACGGGGAAGGUGAUUUAUCAAUAGAUUUCCCUCCAUCACCACAGCCAACUAAUAGCUCUUCUUUAGAUCUUUCCACAAUUCUUAAAACUCCCGAAAAGACUGACAAUCCUGAGGUGCAGUUUAAAACACCGGAUAGCUUUCCAAAGAACGAUUCCAUUAUUGGCAAAGUAAUGACGAAUUCCACCGAAAAACUUGUCGAAGAGUAUCUUUUGAAUGAAAGCCCUGGCGAGGAAGGUCCAAAAUUUCAAGUGUUCCUUGAUAGGAUAUUGGACGACGUUGCACCACCGACAAGUCCAAUUUCCGCCCUGGCAUCAUCGGAGAAGCCAACUCACAGUGAAGCAGAAAGUUCGUGUGAUGAAUCUGCAUCAGAAACAGCAAUACCUAUAAAAUACAAGAGAAAAGCAGCUGCAACAUCUGCGAUAGCUGUUAAACGAUCUGCAAGAAUCAGUGCAAGACAAAUUUCCACCACAAAAAAUGUAGUGAAUAGUCUGUGUUCUAUGACUAUUCCCAAUAUUGAAUUAGGAAAGUACACAAAAAGAAAGACUGAAAAACAGCCCAACAAACAGGAUAAACUAGUUAAACCAGUUAAGGAAGACAAAAUCGAUAUUAAAAUGGGUUUCUUCCGGGAGGCGAUGGAUGAAGAAGAUGAAGAACCAAUUUGUGAACCGAUCAGGCGGCAUUCCGUAGAAGAGAUUAAGAUUGCUCAUGAAAGUUUGCCUAAGAGAUUAGAGACUGAAGUUGUACAAAGCAAAUCUGAAGAACAUAAACAAUCAUCUUUUCCCCAAAAAUUUGUAUCGUACCCAAGCUCAUACAAUAAUGCUCAACAAUCAAUAUCUUUAAACCAUAGGACAGAAGAAUCCAAUAAUGUUUCGAUAGACGAUUCAUCUUCUAUAUGCAAGAAUUCUGAAGUUACUGAAUCAUUAAGUUAUGAAUCUCCAGCUUCACCACCACCACCGGAUCGAAUGCCCACCACAACACACGCCGUUCUAGAAUCAUUUGAGCUGUUACCGAUUUCUAAAGAGGAUAGUAGUCCAAACCGUAAAACAAUUAUAUCCCAUUUGAUCGCUAACUACAAUAAAAAAUGUCACAACAUGUUGGACAAGGGCCAAACUAUCAACAAAGCCCUUCUAGCCGAGCUUGAACGUUGUAUAAAGGAGUACCUAAAAGCGGAGUGUCGUGUGAUCGAUACUAUUCGAUUUGUGGAUGCCGUCAUUGAGCUCACAUCGGACGACAAAAUUGUCUCCAAAGCAAUAGUUAAUGUUUUGAAAACGGCACCUCGACCUGAAACGGAAGUUACGGUGAAAAUUCCCGACACCUAUCUAAGUCAAACACAUCGAAAACUACUCACUGCAUUACAGCAACUCUGUUAUCAUUAUCCAAACCUGCAUUACAACCUACAAUCGACCAUCGAGCAAUCAAUGUUCACAUUUACCAAAGAAGUUAUAACGGUCGAAGUUUUAUUGAACCUGACACAAUUCUAUCUGGCCAUCAUAAAUAAUCCCACUGCGGGAACCACCAACCCAGCUAGGCUCUUUAUAUGCAAGUGUUUGUACUUCUACAACGUCAAAGCCAUCCCCCUAAUCUAUCAUACGCUGUGCGUAUAUCCUACUGUCUUGCCACAAAAAACUGAUCCCACAUACGAUCGCUCCGAUAUUCUAAUCAGCACUAUCCAGAGUAUUCUUAUGAGCACCUACUAUGAUCCGGAAAAAUGCGAUUUCAUGAGCAGACAAAUAUUGGCCAAGCUACGCAUGUUCUACAACUACGAAAGUUUUAAACCACCUCGAGAUGAGGUCAUAGAGAAUAUGAUGGCCAAAAUUCGGGCAGGUCGUUUUAAGAACGUAUCCUAUGCCCUUUCGGUGAUAUGCAAGCGAAUGGAGCAACCUCAAACCGAGAAAUUUAUACUUAACGAGCGGCUGAUGCCAUUGGCCAAUGAAUACUAUCACACCUUUAGUCAGAGCAGUGAGAAUGACGAGAAAAUUGCAUGCGUUUUAGAAUGCAUUUCAUUCGUUAUAAAGCCUUUCGCUGUGAACACAGACAUAUCACAGUAUGUCAAUUUGUUUGGGAGAUUUUUGAAUGCGGCUUCCGAUAGAAAAGUUGUACAAGAAGCUUCAGUGGCGGCGAUUCUUCGUACAGCGCGAUUUGGCUAUGUGCAGUGCUUUAAUGCAAUUUAUAACUUCAAACCCACCUAUGAGUUGUCUGAAAAUUUGAAGCUGAUGUUACGAUCGUUUGUUUAUAAAAAGGGAAUAGCUUUUCUAAAUGCAUUGGAACGGCAAGCACAAGAACUGUUAGCUCCAUAAAUUUGUGUUAACUAUAAUAAUUAUAUUAUUUUUUUAUUUAUUCUCUGUUGUGUACAAUGAAUUCUUGUAAAUAUAUAUAUUUUUUUUUUAAGUUUUAGGCAUCUUAAGAGUUAUUGAUAAAAAUAUUAGCAAUUAAAUAAUUUAAAAGAAAAAUAUUUUUUCUUAGAAAAAACAAA